UCUACCGAAGCGAAAGGGUUAAUUGAAGUUGGAAUUUCAUUGCACAUCUGUCAGAUUUUAAAGCUCGUGACGUACUGAAACGAGCAAGCGUGCGAGCAGGAGAAGAGAGGAGAGAAAGAGUUGGUGGGGAAAUCGAUGAAGUGGCAGAAUGAGAGAGACGGAGGUUGAAAAUCUCUUGAGAGAAUGAAAGAGAAAGAGAAAAGGAGAUAGGGAAAUAGGAGCGAGGCUAUCAGUUUUCAGAAGAGGAGCAAAGGACGGGGUCGGAAAGCAUCGUCUGGCCAGCAGUCGAUUGUGGCCUCUCAUUUCAAUAGAUUUAGCGUCUCCAGUACAUCUGCUCUUCAAAACCCACGACUGACCAAUUGUGUGGCGCUGCGCGAACGAGCUGGCUGGAGAAGGGACACGCAGGACACAGAUCCAGACAACGAGGAGCUGAAAAUGUGUAAUUGAUCGAGAACAGCGACCUAUUUGCUAGCAUUUUGGAAUACGCGAACUUUUAUGCAGCUACAUUAUUAUUUUAAAAAAACAAACAAACAACAAAAAAAAAAGAUAAAUCUGUGCAUCUUCGGCUACUGUGUCAAACACGACCAUCGCACGUCGCCUCUGUUGUGAGUGACAAGAGACUGGCGUGAUGGACUGACCAUUGAACAGAUUCUAUUGUAAAUAAUUGAUCUACCAGACCAGAACCCAAGAGAUAAUUUGAUUAAUAAUCAAUAAAUAUUGGACGGAAGAGGCAUCAAAAAUCAGGUUUGUUGUUGACAAACCAGCAAAAGUUGUUAAGAGGAGAAAAAUUUUGUAUUUUCAUCAGAAAUGGAUGGACAUAUUGGAGAGAUGUCUAUCCAGAGCCAUACCGAGCUCAUGCACACGCAGGAUGGGAGAGCAAUGCUGCAUUCUCGUGACCUCUCUGCUGCCUUCCCAAGGCCCUCUUUGGGGGGGUCCGCUAUGACCCUUGAGGCCCCUGAACACCGACCUCUUGGGCUGGACCAUUCCUUGUCUGCGCUUGGCUAUGGAGGGGAUUCGCCAACAGGCUGUGGUAGCACCUACACCACACUGACACCCCUACAACCUCUGGAGGACAAAUUUCACCACCACCACCAUCACCAUCACCAUCCUUGCUUGCCAGUCAGCAAUGUCAUUGGGAGCUUCACACUCAUGCGGGAGGACAGGGGACUUGGUGGUAACUUCUAUAACCCUUACAGCAAAGAUCUCGGAAUGCCACAAAGCCUCUCUCCACCGUCUGCAGGGUCUGGGCUUGGAGCAGCCAUGCACGGGUAUGGUAGCCUGGGCAACAGUUCUAAUUCUGCAGGGGGACAGAUGCUUCCAGGGGGGUAUGAGGUCCACAUUGGGAGUGGCGGAGGCAAUAUAUUUUGCAGGACAACAGAUUUUGGACGAGAAAUGUCUCCUCUGGAGUUUGGGGACUCAGCCAUUGGCCAUCAGAUAAACAAGAUGGAGGUGCCUCAGCAUGGGCACAGUCAUCACUCUCACAGUUACAGCCAUCAUUACCAACCUCACCACCAAAGCCAGCUGUCCUCCAAAGUAGGGGACCUCCAUUCUGGCUCUUCUCCCAAUGACAGCCUGCUGCACGGCUCUCAGAGCAGUGGAGGGUGUGGAGAGGAAAUAAACACAAAGGAAGUGGCACAGAGGAUCAUCACAGAGCUGAAGAGGUACAGCAUCCCACAGGCCAUCUUUGCUGAGAGGGUGCUGUGCAGAUCACAAGGCACCCUCUCCGAUCUUCUGAGGAAUCCCAAACCAUGGGGGAAACUCAAGUCUGGCCGUGAGACCUUCAAGAGAAUGUCCAGGUGGCUUCAGGAGCCAGAGUUCCAGAGAAUGGCAUCACUGCGGUUAGAAGACCCAGCUGUGCAGUGGGGCUGGCCGUUAGGCUCUCCAGUGACGAGUCUCUCCCCUCUUCUUGGUCCAGCCUGCAAGCGGAAGGAGCAGGAGCAGAGCAAACUGGAGCGGAACCAGGGCCCCAAGAGGACCCGGCUGGUGUUCACAGACCUCCAGCGCCGCACUCUCAUGGCCAUCUUCCGGGAGAACCAUCGGCCAGCCAAGGACCUGCAGGUCACCAUCUCCCAGCAGCUGGGCCUGGAGCUCUCCACCGUCAGCAACUUCUUCAUGAACGCUCGCCGCCGCAACGUGAACCGAUGGGCAGACGAGGGCCGCCCCUCCUCAACAGGUUCCUCCGGCUCCAGCGUGUCAUCCUCGGCUGUGUCUUGCAGCACGGCCUGAUGGGAGAGGCUUAGGAAGUAAAUGGACAAGGAGUGGGACCUGGAUGCACAAGCGGCCAAUAAACAAUCUCACUCCUGACCAAGGACUAGG